AUCGUCCCUCAACCCAUACCUACGAGACUCUAUUUAUAGAGUCAAAAAUCGAUGAUUAGACAUGAACAUUCGCAAAUGAGGCGAACGUUCGCGCGAAGAGAUAAUGAACAACCAAGAAGGCCCGACAACGUCCUCCAGCAAGAGCCCAUCAAAUAUGAAGACGUUUUCGACGUCUCCUCCGGCCACCUCGCCUCCAAGCCCAUAACACCCCAAGAUGCUGCCGCCAUGCAGGCCGCCGAGAACGUCACCCUCGGCCACUGUCAGAAGGGCGGUCCUGCCGCGGUCAUGCAAUCUGCCGCCUCCCACAACGCCAGGUUUGCCGGGGUUAGUCCUGAUGACGUCACUGACGUCAUCAGAGAUCCCGGCAUCUCCAUCUCCCAAACCAACAUUGAUGGCCGCCCCCUCAUUGUGGAGGCCAUUGGACCCGAUGUUGUGGGGACAUAUGUUCGGGAAGAUAAUACAAGGGUGAGGAGAGAGAGGUCCCCAAUGGGCCCACCGCAAGGUGUGGUAAGCGAUAAAAUCACCAUCGGGGAAGCACUGGAGGCCACUGCUAUAUCCGCCGGUGACAAGCCGGUGGACCAGAGCGACGCCGCCGCGAUUCAGGCGGCGGAGGCUAGAGCUACGGGUCUCGGAGAGAUUUUGCCGGGCGGUAUAGGAGCGGAAGCUCAACGCGCCGCCACAAGGAACGCCAGAAUUACCAAGGAUGAGUUCAAAACAAAACUUGGCGAUGUUCUCACGGAUGCAAAGGAGAAGCUUGUGAACGAUAAAGGUGUGACAUUGGAGGACGCGGUGGGGGUGGUGGGUGCCGAAGCGAGGAACAAAGAAGGGCACACCACUCGUCCCGGUGGCGUGGCGGCUACCGUGGCGGCCGCCGCCGCUCUGAAUCAAGAAACCGCUUUUAAUGUUACCGUCUAAGUGAAUGCUGGGUGAAAAAUGUACUACUAUCGUGUAACCAAGCCAAGCCUAGCCUAGCUUGUUAUUAUAUAUCUAAAAAUAAAAAUGAUCGUAGUAAAAAUAUGCAUGUAUGUGUUAGUUGUUUUGAGAUAUUGUGUUAGUUGUUUUGCUUGUUUUAUGAUAUGAUGUUCAAUGGAAUUUUAAUUUUGUAUAUUCUAUUACGGAAAAUUAAAUAUACACUUCAUCU